AAAGAGAGAGGGAAAGGGGAGAGGGGGAUUGCAAUGCAGUACACCCGUGCGUAAAUGUGACCAUCCUCGCCGUGGUCCCUCCAUCCCUCUGUCCUCUCCCCUCCAGCCUCCAGCGGCUUCUCUCUACUCCUCUUAACUGGGAUCACCAGCUCGGUGGUCGGUGGUCAGAUUUGGACCGUGGAGUCCCGGGUGUCUCGGCUCGGCGCCCUCCUUCAGGGGUUAGGAGGAGCGCCGGGGACCUCGUCCAGGUUCUUGCCGGGUUUCGUGGCCACCGCCGGCGAGAGCCAAGGCUCUGAGCGGCGUGAGAGACGCGGCUCGAGCUCGACCCGCUCUCGGAUGCCAGUGAUGCGGGGUCUGAUCGCGCCUCAAAACACCUUCUUGGAUACCAUAGCCACUCGUUUCGAUGGGACCCACAGUAACUUUGUCCUGGGGAACGCCCAAGUCCAGUCUCUCUAUCCCAUAGUCUACUGCUCCGAUGGGUUCUGUGAACUGACCGGCUUCGCCCGCGGUGAGCUGAUGCAGAAGAGCUGCAUGUGUCACUUCCUGUAUGGUAGCGAGACCAGCGACCCCCUCACCUCACAGAUGCAGAAAGCUCUGGAUGAACAACGGGAGUUCAAGACUGAGAUCAUUCUGUACAAGAAGAGUGGCUCCAAGUUCCGGUGUCUGCUGGAUAUCGUGCCCAUAAAGAACGAGAAGAGUGAAGUGGUUAUGUUCCUGGUCUCACAUAAGGAUGUCACAGAAAAUAAGGACGUGGACCAUGACAAUGAAUCUGACAUUGAUAAGGAAACCGGCCUGGAGAUCCGCCCCAUCAGCCGCCCUGCAGGCUUCAACAUGGAGCGCCGCCGCAGUCGGGCAGUCCUCUACCAGCUGUCUGGACACCUACAGAAACAGGACAAAACCAAGACCAAGCUGAAGAUCAACAAUAGUGUUCUUGGAGCCAACGCGAACCCGAUCCCAGAGUACAAGGUGGCGGACAUCCAGAAGUCCCGUUUCCUCCUCCUUCACUACGGUGCGUUUAAGGCUGGCUGGGAUUGGCUCAUCUUGUUGGCCACAUUCUACGUCGCCGUCACCGUUCCCUACAACGUCUGCUUCACUGCUGUGGAGAUACGAGAGGACGGCGCCUCAGCGGCACGUAACCCUCCAAGUGUCAGCGACAUCUUGGUGGAGAUACUUUUUAUCAUCGAUAUCGUGCUGAACUUCCGGACAACCUUCGUGAGCACGUCUGGUCAGGUCGUGUACGACGCCCGCUGCAUUUGCAUUCACUAUGUCACAUCUUGGCUGUUUGUGGAUCUGAUCGCCGCCUUGCCCUUUGACCUGCUCUACGCCUUCAAUAUCAGUGUGAACUUUGGGGUUCACCUGCUGAAGACGGUGCGCCUCCUCCGCCUCUUGCGCCUCCUACAGAAGCUGGACCGUUACUCCCAGUACAGCGCCGUAGUCCUCACCCUGCUCAUGUCCACGUUCGCCCUGCUGGGCCACUGGAUGGCCUGCGUCUGGUACCUCAUCGGACGCAGCGAGAUCGAAAAUAAUAGCCCCACCUCCUGGGAUAUAGGCUGGCUUCAUGAACUGGCCAAACGCUUGGGAACGCCAUACUUCCUGGCACCGCUGACCUCCCUGUUGGGAGUCUCUGAUUCGCCUCAAGGCACCAUGACAGCAGGACUGACCAAUUCCAGCCAGUGGAACGGCUCGGGGUUGGAGCCGCUGACUGGGGCGGGUUUGCUGGGUUUAGGCCAAUGGAAUGGCACUAGGACCAGAGCGAGGACGCCCAGCGGCUCAGGGACGACACUGAGCGGCGGCCCGUCCGUCAGGAGCUCCUAUGUGACGUCGCUGUACUUUGCUCUGAGCAGUCUGACCAGCGUGGGCUUCGGCAACGUCUCAGCCAACACAGACUCUGAGAAGAUCUUCUCCAUCUGCACCAUGCUGAUUGGAGCAUUAAUGCAUGCUGUAGUGUUUGGUAAUGUGACUGCCAUCAUCCAGAGGAUGUACUCACGGCGCUCCCUCUACCACACCCGCACCAAGGACCUGAAGGACUUUAUCCGGGUGCACCGGCUGCCCAAAGCCCUUGAGCAACGCAUGAUGGAAUGUUUCCAGACGACCUGGUCUGUCAACAACGGUAUCGACGUCAGCGAGCUGCUGAAGGACUUCCCAGAUGAGCUAAGGGCCGACAUCGCCAUGCAUCUGAAUAAUGAGCUGCUGCAGCUGCCGCUCUUUGAAUCGGCCAGCAGGGGGUGUCUGCGCUCCCUCUCCCUCAUCAUCAAGACCUCCUUUUGCGCUCCCGGGGAGUUCCUCAUACGUCAGGGUGACGCCCUCCAGGCUAUCUACUUCGUAUGUUCAGGCUCCAUGGAAGUACUGAAGGACAACACUGUGCUGGCCAUUCUGGGUCGGGGCGACCUGAUUGGCUCCGACUGUCUGACCCAGGAGGAAGUAAUUAAGACCAACGCCUGUGUGAAGGCCCUGACCUACUGUGACCUGCAGUAUAUCAGCCUGAAAGGCCUCCGCGAGGUGCUCUGUCUCUAUUCUGACUACGCCCAGAAGUUCAUCACUGAGAUCCAGCAUGACCUGACGUACAACCUCCGGGAGGGACACAGCACAGAGACAGGCUGCGAGAGCAACGGAGGGAUCAUGAAGAAGCUUCCAUCCAUCAAGGAGGACGAGGAGGGAUCAGGUUCAGAGGAUGAGAACUCCCCACUCCCCAAGAUGCCUCCCCCGAGCAGACCAGGCAGAGGCCUGCGCUCCCCGCUACUGUCGGCGAGAACCUUUAGACUGGCGAGCAAUCGCACCCGGCCUGCCAGCCUGCAGAUCCCUGGGGUGAGCUUCAGCUGCCAGCAGCCGGACCUCAGCCCUCGGUUUCUAGAUGCGAUUGAGGCAGAAAACCAAAGUGUUUAUGACCGGAAGUUUGAUUUUUCUCCCACUUCAUCUCAGAGUUUUCUUCCCAGCCCAGAUUCAGCUGCCUCAGGGGCCCAUGAUGACGGUAACACCAUGCAGACUAUCGCUAAGCUAAAACACGAGAUGAGCGUCCUCUCCCGCCAGGUGACCGCCGUCAGUCAGGAGCUGCAAGAAAUGACGAGUCUUCUCAAACCCCUCUUCCACAACCCCUCCACACUGCUGAUGGCCAGCACCGUGGCUCGGCCUCCCAGCGUGUCAUCACACAGCUGCUCCCCGGCCCCACCCCUUUUUACCCAACACGCACCUGUGGAUUGCUCGGACAAUCACAAUCCUCCAUCCGUCCUGGUAGCUGAACCGCCCUCUCCUCACCCGAGCAUGACGGAGCUGUUACAAGGAGAGUUGGAUCCGAUUCAGUGUCCCCCAUCCCAAACCCUCACCUCCCGUUAUCCCCCAGUCUCCCAUCGCUCGGCUCCCCCAUCACUCAACAGCUCACCCCAUGAGCACACAGUUAUGCCACAUCCCUCCUCCAUCUCCAUCCCCUCUCUUUCUUCAUCAAGCCAUCCAUCAUCCAUCACUCCCCUUUUGGUAGACUUAUCAGGACCCGAUAGUCAGCAGCCUCAAUCCCGUCUCCUGCUCGUGUCCCAGUCUGAGUCCCAGUUCACAUCCUCGUCUUACCCCCGUACCCUUUCCCAGUCUCAGCUCCAGCCCCUUCUCCAGCCCUCCAGCAUGGCCUCACACCCCGAAGAACCCCUCCUGGACCUGCAGGAGUGGAGUGGGGGGGAGCACACCACCCAGCUCAGCUUCAUCAACGAAGGACAGCCCCCGAUGUGAACAUUGGAGGAACUCAACAGACAGGACCAACCAGCAUGCCGCACAACUCACUGCAUGACAAUCAUGUGUCCAAAGUUUGGCAUGUGAGUUAAGAUGUAAAUACAUCGAUUUUAAACUAUUAUGACAAUGAACAACAGCUGUAUGCAGAUACGAUAAUAAAAUAGUUUGUUUUACAGUU